GACACGUGGACACUGCAACCAUUCUGGAUUGUUAAACAUUCUUUCUCUUCGUGCAGAUAUUAAGCUUAAGCUAUGGAGGAGGACAUUCAUCACACUCAGAAACAGACCUUCACAGACAGACAUACACAACUCCUCAUCAGCUUCCUGGAUACUCAACUACUCAACAUCCUGCUGGUCUUUCAGGAAUAUUUGAUACCAGUAUGCACAGUGCUGGAGGUAACACUAAGGAAACUUCUUCAGUUAUGAAUUUUCUCUCUGCUAUUGAGUCUCGUACUGCUCAGGCAGUCUCUUCAGGAUCUACCCUUUUACCACAAUUCAGGGCUCCUUCCUGGCAGACAGGUAUGCAUUCCUCGACAGCCACAGAACUAUUUGUCACUGGAGCUCUGCCAACCUCUGGAACAUUUCCACCAACCUCUGCUUUAUCAGCCUAUCAGCAUCCCAACACCUUCAGCAGCAGAAACUUUGCUACUACCCCUUCUCUUACUCUUCAAGACGCUACUUUCAGUGCUACAUCGAACGGGCUGUUAACUGCCCACGACCCUUUAUUGCAGAUCAAAACAUCCCAAGGCACCGUUCCAGCUGCUCUGACAUUCGAGCGCCUGGGCAGCUCUGUUCUGAGUACCAGUGUGCCCCCCCAGUCAUCCACAUAUCGUUCUGCUCAAGAAUCUGCACCCCAUCUCCUGCAGCCUCAGUUCAGUUUGUUGCCUUCGACCCUUGGAGGAGCUCAGCAGGUGUCUCAGGCCUACAGCACAUCAGUCUUCACUGGUUCCACUGCUUCCAUGGACAGGGCGCUUCAGCGAGAAUGUAGUGUUAUUAAACACCACCAGCGGCCUUCAAGCACUCAGUCUGUCCAGCCUCAGCUGGCUGUGUCACAGCAUUCCUUACACAGCUAUUUAACAAGUACAAGUGGAGUUAACUUUCAGGAUACAUCUAGGCACUCAGCAUUAUCCUGCAGUCCAGUUGGAGAUGUUACUCAGGUGAGCAAUGGAGGACCACAGCAGAAGACUUCUCAAGUCACGGUGGAACUUGCUCAGUCGUACACGUCUGCGAUUCCGUCGCCUGGUUUUCCAUCUGCUUCCUCAGCAAAAGUGAAAAACUGUUCCAUGAAGCAGCCUCCGAGGUCAACAAAGACCCCCAAACCUCAGAGUGUAGCUCCCACUGUGCAGACACAAAGCUAUGCCAAAACUGCACAAAACCAGAGUUCUGUCAUUACAGGCCAAGCACAGAUCUAUUCUACAGCACAGCUCCCCAGCCUCUUGUCGGUCAGUCAGUCCCAAAAUUAUGUUUCAUGCCAGGCUCAGAAUGUGCCACCCGUCAGCCACUCACAGGAUUUCUCAUCCAGCAAGGUUGAGAAGCUGCCCUCACUGUAUAAAACAUUGACUUUUUCUGGGCAAUCACAAGCUAUUACUUCUGACAGUCAGACUCUAAGUUAUUCCUCAGAGGAACAGGUUUUGACCUCAGUUCCAAAUGACAACUACUCUGGGCAAAUGAGGGAACUUUCUUCAGUCAGCCAGGCUCAGAGCUACUCUUCUAGUCACUCUCAGGGUUUAUCUCCAGUUACCCAGUCCCAAGUUAAUUUUUCAUCUCAAUCACAAGUUUUAGCAGCUGUUAGUCCUUCAGAAAGCUAUUCUUCAGGGCAGUCUUUAACACUAACAUCACCUUCUCUUUCCUUUAAUGCAUCUCCUCGGGUACAAACUCUUCCAGCCUCGAGUCCUAAUCAAAGCUAUAUUUCUUUACAUUCUUCUCAGAACUCGCAGUCACAAGAAUCCUCCUCUCCACAGUCUCAAAAGUUUUUGCCAUCUGUCCAGUCUCCUUUUGCAUCCCCAGCUCACUCCCAGGCGCUGCAGAACAACAGACCUUCCUCAGAAACAAAGUCCUAUGUUAAAAGGAAGUCUGAUUCCAACUUGUAUGCCUCGUCCAAACAGGAGGAGGAAUUAUCAAUGCAGGACAUGCAGGCAUUGCAACAGCAAGCUACACUUGAAUCUUCCACUCAAAGCCUAACAGAGGAGGAGAUCAGUGCUCAGGAUGCAUCCUACAGGGUCUCAAAAGCAAAUGACAGAUACUCUCAAAGCGUCAUCAGAAGCAACUCUCGUCUUGAAGAUCAAGUUGUUGGACUUACUCUUCAGGGAACAAAAAAAGAUGAAAGAAUGGUCAGUUCUGUGGAGCAGCUUUCCCAACACAUUGGCCACAUCAGCAGCCUAAGCCAUGAUAUCAAAAAGACAGCUAAUUUAAUGAGAACAGCACAGGGAACUGUGAGUGCUAAGGAGCUAAACCAACAGCAUUCCCUUAUGCAUAAGGUACAUGAAAGUAAAGCUCAAGAGCAGCAGGGCCAAGUCAUCAGCACAGCACCACAGGUUCAGCCUCAUGCUUUGAGACAUGGUCAUCAGCUGUGUUUGCCCAGUGCACAGGUACUGCUGGAGUCAACUUGUGACUUGCAGAUUCUUCACCAGUCAAUCCUGCAGUCGAGUUUAGGACAAGCAAAGGCAUCACCCCAAGUGCAAAGAAUACAGAGUCCUCAGCAGGUGACACACCCGUUCCUUCAGAUGGAUGGUCACAUUGUUCAGAGUAAUGGGGCUCAUUCUCAGCAGCAGCUUCAUAGUCAGAAUUCAGAAGUAAUGAAAAUGGACAUUUCUGAGUCUUCAAAACCACUACAGCAGCAUUUGACAGCAAAAGAUCAUUUCACUCAGACAAAUCAGCACGAUGCAAAAAAUCAGUUUGUUUCUCUUAGUUCAAUAUGCUUCCCAGAAUCUAUACUUCUCAGUGAUGAGAGGAAUAUAUUAUCCAACGUGGAUGACAUCUUAGCAGCAACAGCAGCAGCUUGUGGAGUGACACCAUCUGACUUUGCCAAAUCAGCUUCUAAUGAAGAGGAAAUCCAAACUGUUGAAAAUAGCGAGGAGUCUAAAACGCAGUUUCGAUCGUUGGAUUCCAGACAUGUGUCUUCUGUUUUCAGUGCCUCACCUACUGUAGUUGGAAAGCCAGCAAGCAGAAAUAAUAUUUCUCUGAAUGGAGGCCAAAUUACUCUAAACCUUACCCCAGUGUCAACAAUACAGACAAAAACUGUGAACCUGGAUCAGCAGCAUCUUGAAACUUCUGAUCAGAGUGUACCAAUAAGAAUGACCUCUCCCACCCUUGGUCCUGGUCAGGAGGAGCAGGAGGCUGUUCGAGUGAAAAAACAGUCUAGCAUCAGUCAUGAAUCUGAGGAAGAUAAUGAUGCUUCAGUUGAUGGUACACUGAAUGCAAGGGACACAGAGUUUGUUUCAAGUGCUAGGAGCCUGAGUGAGGAAAGUGCUGCUUCAGAGAAUGAUUUUAAUGUGGGUGGUGAUGAUGGUACAGUAGCAGGUAACCAGUCAAAGGUUCCGUUGCAGCCGCUGUCUGUGCCCCAAAGUGCAGAUGGAGCCAUUAAUAGAACUGAAGAAGAAUGCCAAGAUUUAGCUCAAGGGAACCUUCAGAAGAAAAAAAGCAAAGGAAAAAGCCAAAACAAAAAUGCUGCAGAAGAUGACAGUGCAACUCAGAAACAGGUAAAAAGGAGUGGACAGUGUAAACGUCAAAAUUCAAGAGGAAAUGAUUCAUGUUUCACAUACUCUUCUCCUGUUUCUGAAGGUUAUGAUACUUACCAACAUCAGGAAAGAAUGAGGCAAAAAAUUAAAGAAGUUGAAGAAAAACAGCCUGAAGUCAGAACAGGAUUUAUUGCAUCUUUUUUAGACUUUCUAAAGUCUGGGCCUAGGCAACAGUUUUCCACUCCAGCUGUACGAAUGCCAAACAGGACUAGGAGACCAGUCACACAAAUAGUUCGUGCCCCUUGCCUGCAGCCCUCUGCAAAGCCCCAGCCAGCAGCAGCACCACCUGUGCCUGCUGAGGUCAGUGGAGAAAGUCCAACCAAAAAAGCUGAUGAGGAACUUAAGAAAAAUUUAGAAGCGUUGCCGUCGUUUUCUUCUGAUGAAGAUGAUUCUGUGGGUGGUAACCAUGAUCUUCAAAAGAGCAUCUCUACUGCAUUGUCAGCCCUGGAUGAAACAUCUGACAAAAAGAUCAAAUCAGAAGCUGAAAAAGUGACAGUUGUUACUGCUGCUGCCACCACCACCAGUGCUGUAAUAAAGCAGGAAUCUCCACAGACAGCUGCUCCUGUAGGCAACGUGCAGGAGAAAGUGAAUCCAGCUGACCCCUUAAAAGUAGCUCAACAGGAUGCUGUGACUUCAGAACAAUUGGCAAAAACACAGGAGACUGUUGCAAUAGAAGGAUGUACUGAUGAGGAGAAUAUGGACAGUGAAGGAGAGGGGAUGUACAGAGAACGUGAUGAAUUUGUAGUGAAGAUUGAAGAUAUAGAGACACUAAAGGUUGCUUUGCAGACAGGAAAAGAGCCUCCAGCUAUCUGGAAAGUACAGAAGGCUUUAUUGCAAAAGUUUGUUCCUGAAGUGCGUGACGGACACAGAGAGUUUGCUGCUACUAACAGUUAUCUUGGGUACUUUGGGGAUGCAAAGACAAAAUACAAACGAGUGUAUGUGAAGUUUGUUGAAAAUGCAAACAAAAAGGAGUAUGUCAGAGUAUGCUCAAAAAAACCACGAAUCAAGCCUGUCCAGUCAGCAAGGACUAUUCACUGCAAACCUAGUAAUAGCAACAUCAAACCCCCUGAUCCACCAACACCAAAACCAACAGCAACAAAAGUCUCUUCUGUGAAACCCAAAGCUAAACAGCCAAAGGUAAAGGCUGAACCACCACCAAAGAAGAGGAAAAAGUGGAAAGAAGAAUUUUCAUCUUCCCAGUCUGAUUCUUCACCUGAGGGCCAGAGUGAAGAAGAUGAGAUUGUACCUCCAGCUCCACUUGUUACUCGUUUUUUGAAUACAAGAGCAAUGAAAGAGACUUUCAAGAGCUACAUGGAGUUGCUUGUUAGCAUUGCCUUGGAUCCAGACACAAUGCAAGCCUUGGAAAAGAGCAAUGAUGAGCUACUCUUGCCUCACAUGAGAAAAAUUGAUGGUAUGCUGAAUGACAAUAGGAAAAGGCUGCUUUCCAAAUUGCACUUGGAUCAUGCUUUCAAGAAUGCUUUGGAAAACUUUCCUGAACUGACAGUGGUCACUCGGGAUUCCAAGACAAAGUGUGGAGGGACAUCUGUGUCUAAGAUCAAAAUGAAUGGUAAAGCUUACAACAAGAAAACACUGAGGACUUCUAAAUCAACCACUAAAUCAGCACAGGAGUUUACAGUAGAUCCAGAAAAAAUACAGUUGUAUUCUUUGUAUCACUCACUCCAUCAUUACAAAUAUCACAUAUACCUAACAUGUAAAGAAGAGAUUUCUUCUGUUCAGAAGACGAGUGCAGAUCUAGGCCAGGAAGAGAUUGUGCAGCUGUGCAUGAAAAACAUCAAAUGGGUGGAAGAUCUUUUUGAAAAGUUUGGUGAACUUUUGAAUCGUGUCCAGCAGAAAUGCUCAUAACAAAAAUGUAUCCCAAAUCUCCCAUUUUCCUACGGCACUAACCUGAUGGAACAGAAAGCUCCGAGAGAGGCUCUGAUUUCUUGUACAAUGCCAGACUGCAUUCUUGUUCAUAGCCAUUUUUAUUUCUCUUUAUGGAACUCUGUGCCUUGGCUCUUGCUAAGGAAAAGUGAUGCUGCCAAGGAAAUCAGUCCUUUGGAGAUGGAACUAAACAUAAACCUAAUCACAUUUUUAACCUGAAGAGUUAUUUUCGAUUUUGUAAACUAUUGGAUAACUUAGUUUUAUUUUCAGAAAUGUUUUUGACAAGUGAUGAAGCAUGCACUACAUAUACUUUUUUUCUUUUUUAUUGCUCAACAGAUAACAACACUUAAAAUACU